GGCUGCAGAGGAUCUGGAUUCUCAGCACGUCCAGGCAGGUCUGACUGAAAUGGAGAUGCUCUUGGUCCUGGUGUUUGCCCUGCUGGGUGCUGCCUCAGCUGGAAGGCUUUCCGAGGUCCAGGAGCUAGUGGUGCCAGCCAAGGAAGACAGCUCUAUUUCUAGGGAGGAAACAGGACUGGAGACUGGGGACUUGGACCCGCCCUGCCCCCUGGAGUCUGAGACCUUCAUGGUGACGAUGGCAGGGGAGGGGGCCAAGACUUGUCGGUACAAAGUAGUGACUAGAAGCCUGACCUUUAGUCAAGCCCAGAGAAUAUGUGCACGCUGCUACAGGGGCUGCCUGGCCUCCAUCCACAAUUCCAGGGUGAACCGGUACCUGCGCUGUGCAUCCCGUAAAUAUACCAACAGUGGCCAGGUCUGGAUUGGAGGCCAGUGUGCUGUCUCGAAAGGACGUGUCGUCAGCUGGUGGAUGGACAGGAGCGCCUGGAACUACUCCCACUGGGCCCGCGGGAACCCCAUCCGUCGCUGCAGGAGCUGCACAUCCCUCUGUACCAACAAUGGUCUGUGGAGGUCUCGUAACUGUAAUACUCGCUUGCCCUUCAUCUGCGAGGUCUGAGAAAACAUGCAUGGCCCUGCGGCUCCCCAUCCCCGCCGCUCCACCACCAGGCACUCCCAGCUCUGCGUGGUGUCUCUGCUCUCUGCACUCAUCUCUCCCUCUGCAGUGGGUUCUGGGUUCUGGCUGUGUCCCAUCUCCUAGGUAGGGGCUGCCCCCACGUAUGGUAACUGCUUGCUGUUCUCUGCAAUAAAAUACUGCUUCACUCAGCAG